CCCCGCCCCCGGUGGCUGAGGCGGUGCGGGCUCGGCGGCGGGGUGCAGGGCGUGGCCAGCGAGGUGAGGUGAGUGGCGGAGCCGCGCUCCCCGCAGCCAUGGCCUGCUCCAUCGUCCAGUUCUGCCACUUCCAGGACCUCCAGGCCGCCCGGGACUUCCUCUUCCCUCACCUGCGGGCGGACACCCCCGGCUGCGCCGUGCGGAGGGACCCCAGUAAAUCAACAAACUGGGAAGACGAUGGCUGGGGAGCAUGGGAAGAAACAGAGCCCCAAGAACCUGAAGAAGAAGGAAGUACAUGCAAAACACAAAAGACUUCCUGGCUUCAGGAUUGUGUUUUAUCCUUAUCACCAACCAACGAUCUCAUGGUGAUAGCUCGGGAGCAAAAAGCUGUAUUUCUAGUGCCAAAAUGGAAAUAUAGCGAUAAAGGAAAGGAAGAAAUGCAAUUUGCUGUUUCUUGGAGUGGUUCUUUAAAUGUCGAAGAAGGAGAAUAUGUAACCAGUGCUCUGUGUAUCCCACUAGCAAGUCAGAAGAGAAGUUCCACCGGCCGCCCGGACUGGACCUGCAUCGUGGUGGGCUUCACCUCGGGCUAUGUGCGCUUCUACACGGAGAGUGGUGUCCUCCUGCUCGCGCAGCUUUUGAAUGAAGACCCCGUGCUGCAGCUUAAGUGCAGGACCUACGAAAUCCCGCGACAUCCCGGCGUGACGGAGCAGAAUGAAGAGUUGAGUAUCUUAUAUCCAGCUGCCAUUGUGACUAUUGACGGAUUUAGCCUUUUUCAGUCUCUUCGUGCUUGUCGAAAUCAGGUAGCAAAAGCUGCAGCAUCAGGCAAUGAGAACAUCCAGCCACCACCGUUAGCUUAUAAGAAAUGGGGUCUACAAGAUAUCGAUACUAUUAUUGAUCACGCUAGUAUUGGUAUUAUGACGCUGUCCCCUUUUGAUCAAAUGAAGACUGCCUCCAACAUAGGCGGCUUCAAUGCAGCAAUUAAAAACAGCCCACCUGCCAUGUCUCAGUACAUCACUGUGGGGUCCAAUCCGUUUACUGGCUUCUUCUAUGCGUUAGAGGGAAGCACACAGCCGCUGCUGUCUCACGUCGCACUAGCUGUUGCCAGCAAACUCACUUCCGCUCUAUUUAACGCUGCCAGUGGCUGGCUGGGCUGGAAGAGUAAGCACGAGGAGGAGACGGUGCAGAAGCAGAAGCCGAAGCUGGAGCCCGCCACCCCGUUAGCUGUAAGAUUUGGACUUCCAGAUUCUAGACGCCACGGCGAAAGCAUAUGUCUGUCUCCAUGUAACACGCUGGCAGCAGUAACAGAUGACUUUGGCAGAGUUAUUUUAUUGGACGUAGCUAGAGGAAUUGCAAUACGCAUGUGGAAAGGGUACCGGGACGCACAGACUGGCUGGACCCAGGUCGUAGAGGACCUCCACGAAAGGGUGCCAGAGAGGGGGGACCCCUCCCGCUUCGGGGGUGCGCAGGGCCCCGGUCGAGUAGCUCAGUUCCUCGUGAUCUACGCUCCAAGGAGGGGGAUCCUGGAAGUGUGGGGCGCGCAGCAGGGGCCCAGGGUGGCGGCCUUCAACGUGGGCAAGCACUGCAGGCUUCUGUAUCCUGGCUAUAAAAUAAUGGGCUUAAAUAACGUCACCAGUCAGAGCUGGCAGCCACAGACUUACCAGAUCUGCCUCGUCGACCCCGUGUCCGGAAGCGUGAAAACAGUGACUGUCCCCUUCCACUUAGCACUGAGUGAUAAGAAGAGUGAACGAGCCAAGGACAUGCACCUCGUGAAGAAGCUGGCAGCCUUGCUGAAGGCGAAACCCCCCGCUCUGGAUUUGGUUGAAACAGAAAUAAAGGAAUUAAUUCUUGAUAUUAAGUACCCUGCAACCAAAAAACAAGCUUUGGAAAGCGUUUUGGCGUGUGACCGUUUACCGUUUUCCUGCCUUAGGAACAUCACUCAGACUCUGCUGGACGCUUUAAAAAAUCAAGAGCUUGAGUCUGUCGACGAAGGAUUGCUCCAGUUCUGUGCCAAUAAACUGAAAUUACUCCAUCUCUAUGAGUCUGUCAGUCAGUUAAAUGCCCUUGACUUUCAUUCAGACACACCAUGCUCUGAUAAUGACUUGGCUGCGUUACUAAGGCUCGAUGAAAAAGAACUGCUUAAGCUCCAGGCGUUAUUAGAGAAGUACAGACAAGAGAACACGAGGGCUGUUGUCCGAUUUUCUGAUGAAAAGGACGGUGUGUUGCCUGUAAAAACAUUCCUGGAAUAUUUGGAAUAUGAGAAAGAUGCGAUCAACAUAAGGAAGAUAAGCGAAGAGGAGUAUGUGUCUCUAGGCAGUUUCUUUUUUUGGAAAUGUUUGCAUGGAGAAAGCUCCACAGAGGACGUGUGUCGCACUUUGGGGUCAGCGGGACUGAGCCCUCAGCUGUUGCUGUCCCUGCUCCUGAGCGUUUGGCUUUCUAAGGAAAAGGAUAUUCUGGACAAACCGCAGUCUGUCCGCUGCCUUCACACCAUGCUGUCCGUCCUGAGCAGGAUGAAAGUGGCCAUCGAUGACGCCUGGGACUCCCAGUCUGUGUCCCCGUGGUGGCAGCAGAUGCGCACGGCUUGCGUCCAGGCCGAGAACAACGGGGCCGCUCUCCUGGCUGCACUCGUGGGCCACUGCGUCGCCAUGCAGACAUCGAGCACCGUGGCAGAGCGGAAGGUGGUUUUGGGCGCUGACUCGGAGGCCCUCAGCGACUCCUGGGAGGCCCUUUCCCUGGACACGGAGUACUGGAAGCUCCUGCUGCAGCAGCUGGAGGACUGUGUCGUCCUGCAGACGCUGCUUCACAGCGGAGCGCACGUGCGGCCCUACUGCCUGUCGUCGCCGCAGGCCGAGCCCGUGCCCAGGCUCUCGGUUAAAAGGCUCCUAGAAGGAGGGAAAGGUGGCAUCGCGGACAGUGUAGCCAAGUGGGUGUUUAAACAGGACCUCAGCCCUGAAGUACUAAAACUGGCUAAUACAGAAGGAGACGCAGAAACCGCAGACGAACCCAACAGCGGUCUCCACGGAGGUUUGUCGGAGGCGCCAGCGGCAGAGACGGACCCAGGAGCCACGCCAGGCUUGCUGCAUGCGGCCUAUCGGCAGUUCCCUUGCAGCCUGGAGCCGGACGUGCUGCACGCUCACUGCUGCUGGGAGUCCGUGGUGCAGUGGAACAGAGACCCAGAGGAAGCGCGUUUUUUCAUGAGGUCGAUAGAGCACUUGAAGCACAUCCUUAACGGACAUGUUCAGAACGGCCUCGCCCUGAUGAUGUGGAACACGUUCGUGGUGAAAAGGUUUUCCGCUGCUGCGUACUUGAUGGAUAAGGUGGGAAAGUCGCCCAAGGACCGGUUGUGCCGCAGGGACGUGGGGAUGAGCGACACGGCCCUGACCUCUUUCCUGGGCUCCUGUUUGGAUCUCCUGCAGACGUUAAUGGAGGCAGAUGUGAGCAGGGACGAAAUGCAAGUGCCCGUCCUGGGCACGGAGGACGCCUGGCAGGCUGUCGAAGGACCGGUGUCCAUCGUGGAGCUGGCCCUGGACCAGAAGCGCACGCACUAUCCGCUGGUGGAGCACCACUCCGUCCUGUGCUCCGUGCUGUACGCGGUCAUGCGGUUUUCUCUGAAGGCGGUGAAGCCACUGUCGCUCUUUGAUAGUAAGGGGAAAAAUGCAUUUUUCAAAGAUCUGACUUCAAUUCAGUUACUGCCUAGUGGGGAAAUUGAUCCAGAUUUUCUUUCUGUGCGACAACAGUUCUUACUGAAAGUCAUCAGCGCGGCUGUCCACGCCCAGCAUUCAGUCGCAAAGGACAGAGAUUCAGAAGACGCACCGAGCACUGCUUUUGGGAAGGACCAGGACUGGCCAGUUCUAGCCGUGGACUUGGCCCAUCACCUUCAAGUCAGCGAAGACGUCGUCAGGAGGCAUUAUGUGGGGGAGCUCUACACCCACGGGGCCGACCACCUGGCGGAAGAGGCCAUCCUCCAGGUCCACGACAAAGAGGUCCUUGCGUCUCAGCUGCUGGUGUUGGCGGGCCAGAGGCUGGCCCACGCCCUCCUCCGCACCCAGAGCAAAGAAGGCAUGGAGCUGCUCGCCAGACUUUCGCCCACACUCUGUACCUGGCUGAAAGCGAUGGACCCCCAGGAUCUUCAGAACACAGAAGUGCCAAUCGCAAUGACAGCUAAACUAGUAAACAAAGUCAUGGAGCUUUUACCAGAAAACCACGGGCAGUUCAGUCUGGCCUUACACCUCACGGAAGCGGUGGAAGCCAUCUCUCUGCCUGCCUUAUGACCCCGAGCGACCGAAAACAGCCUGAAAUCGUGACUAUGACAUGAAUGAGUGCAUGAUUAUUUUACAUAGCAACAACUGGAAUUUUAUGGAGGGAAUGUUCUUUUAUAAAAUAAAAGUGUACAUUACUUUAAAAAAGUACAGUCCUGGCGAAAUUCCACUCCUUUGAUUAAUACUGAAGGUAAAAUGUAAAUAAGUAUCAAUUAUUCUAUUACUAAUACAGAUGUUUUACUGUUUAAUUCAAGCACUUAAGUAGCUCUACUGUUAAAUUUUGCUAUUUAAAAUUGGUUAUAACUUACAGAUUAUGUUCUUAUAAGAUUCUAUAUUUCAUACUCGGUGUUAUUGUGUGUUCGUGUGUAGUCCCCAUCAUGUAUAGCCCACUGUCCCUCAGUAAACGCUAGGAAGAUGCUUUUGUCGUCACGCUUAGCCCCAUACCGAUGCCACCUGGAGCUCUGGAUGCUGACGGGUUUCUUCGGCAGAGGUUAUGCUGCUGCCAUCAGGACAGUGACCUUGCAGAGGAGUAAUGGGUUCGUGGUUGUCAUCAGAAGGGACAUUAAAUGGAACCCUCUCUAGUACCAGAGUGUGUGUCGUGCUUGCCAUCUUGAGACCCCGAGGUACAGGCAGCACAGCAGAGCUCAUUACAAUACAAGGUAAGGUCUGAUUUUUGCCAAGAUUCAAAGCUGUAUCCACACCAGGUAAUUGUAAAAAAUGUAUUAUCUUGUAAAACAUGUUUUAAAAAAAGGCGAAGUUGCUAAAAAUUUAAAUCCAAUUUCAAUUUUCCUGCGAGUGUUUAGAGAUGUUUGCUUCUGGGAUUCGGUUCUGUUAGCUGUUCUCGGAAACGGUACAGAAAAACGCUUAGUGAUGUUACAGCUUUAGCAAACCUACCUCACAGCUGGGUUGAGAGGGUCAAAUACAACGAACUUUGUACCCUACAGCGCCUAGAGCAGUCCAAGUGCGGAAUCAUUACUUGAUUAAAACCAAAUUGACCAAAACUCUGUAAAAAGUGCUUUGAGCUCCCCAAAUACCCAGUAUUUAUUAUGGUUUAUCUCUGAAAUGUAGCCAUACAGUGCAAUUACUGACACCUGUCCCGGGUCACAAUUACCAUAGUAACUCAUUGUGAGACAGAAGUUUGUUUCUUCCCUUUGUAAGAGGCCAGCUCUAGCAGCUGUACAAAGUUGAGUAUGUCUUUCGGGGAUGUAAAGAAAAAAGCCUGAGGAGAUCCCAGUGUAAAUUCCUUUUAACUAAAGACCACAUCCAAAUGAGAACCUACUCUUUAAGAUGUUGGAAAGUACCGUUUUAGAUGCUUCGAGGGCCUUAGACAUCUGAGCGAGGCACAUGCUGCCAGGGCCCGUGAGCUCGCCUGUCCCACGGACUCUGCCCGAGUCUCUGAGCCCCCAGCUAGACGCAUGUCACCGUUUCCCGCAGACAUUCUCGCCUUAGAGUCGCUUGUUAUGUGUGUUCUAAGAGAGUAGUUCUUCCUGCGAUUUUUCUAAAUAUUCCAAAAGUAGUUAUAAAAUUUGGAGGCUGGUCAAAGCAGCUUGGAAUUCCAAGUGUUUUUAAAGAGUCAGCCCUCACUCUGGUUCCAUGAUUGCUUUCUGGGGAGGAGCACCUACCUAAUACACACGUUUGAGACUAAGACUGUUUAAAGUUACUGUGAGAACGCAGUCAGACUUGGGGAUUAUUGAGAACACUGAUCAGCUGAAACAUGACACACAGAACCAUAACACAUCAGUCUCUACAGCUGCGGUCCUAAAAUUUACCACUCGGAAUUUUUAAAUUCUGACUUGCAAACAUGUUACUAUUUCAUCAAGGGCUUUUAAAAUAAAAUCUGACAGAAGAAAAUAAAUCGCCGUGGACAGGCAUACCUCGUCGUACUGCACUUCACAGAUGCCGAGUUUCUCACAGACUGAAGGCGAGACCCUCCAGCAGCAGAGAGAGCAGUGUCGCCGAGGUAUGCCUGUGGACGUCCUGGGACGGCGAAGCGGCACAGGUGAAGGGACCGGGUUUUUCGCAGAGCGGGUGCUUUCCGAAACAAAGGGUCCGUCACACUCGCUGCAGUUACGACGGGAGGCCGGGAGGCCGGUGUUUGCCAUACACCUUGCGUCACGAACACUAAACAGACAUGUCAAAGUCCGUCGUAGGACGCUGAAUGACAGCAAGAGCUCACGCAACCGUAACCUCCACACUGCUGUGUCGAGACGCAGAGCCAGAGGCAGAGCCCCAACUUCCUAAACACUUCCUACUUUUGCAAAAAGAAAAAUGGAGAAAAGAGGACGUCACCUCUUAAAACGUUCACGUAAGGUCAAGAGUGAACACUCACAUUUAAAUUGCUUUGUUUAAAAGACACAAUCAAUUGCAAUUUAAAAUGACAGAGUACCCAGGUUUAAUAAUACUAAGCUUACAUGGAAUAUAACGUUCAUUUAGAAGUUGCUGUGAUUCAUUUACUUUUUAAGAGAAAUAUUUUUAAAGUACUCGAGAGCAACAGGAAAAGCGCUCUCACCGGAGGAGUGGAUUUGUUCGACUUCUAAAAGUUAGAUUUCCGCUGGAUAGGAUUAGCCAUCCCCAGAAAGAUUUUAAUGCAACACUGAGUUCUUUGUAAAAUGCUCAAUUAUCUAAUGUAACGUACUGUAAGUAGUGAAAUUCUGUAUAUACUGCUGUUUUGUGUCUGUUCAUUGUUGUGAACUUAUGUAUAUUAGUGAAAUAAAUUUUCGGCUUUCAUGUUUCCUUAA